AUGUCUAUGAAAGCUGUCGUCGUCCGCGAGCCCGGACCGCCCAAUGUCCUCAAGAUUGAAACCCUUCCCAUCCCGGAGCCCGAGGACGAUGAAGUGCUCAUUCGCGUCAAGGCAUUUGGCCUCAACCGCUCGGAGAUGUUUACGCGUCAGGGCCACUCGCCAGGUGUCCGGUUCCCGCGCGUCCUGGGCAUCGAGGCUGUAGGCAUCGUGGAGAAGUGUCCAGGUGGACGUUUCAACCAAGGCCAGAAGGUCGCCAGCGCCAUGGGCGGCAUGGGUCGUGAUUUCGACGGCGGAUACGCCGAGUACACUUGUGUGAAGGCGAGCAACACACAGGCUCUCGACACGGAUCUGGAUUGGUCCACCGUCGGAGCCGUGCCUGAGAUGUUGCAGACCGCGUAUGGGUCACUGUUCAAAUCGCUCAGGCUCGAAGCCAGGGAUCGCAUCUUGAUCCGUGGCGCGACCACGUCCGUCGGUCUCGCGGCGGCGUCUAUCGCGAAGAACCACGGCUGUUUCGUCGCCGGAACGACGCGCAGCUCAAGUCAAGCGAGCGCCGACGUCAUGCAGGAGAGUGGUGUCGACCAAGUUAUCGUCGACGAUGGGAACGUCUCGGCGCAGGUCGGCGACGACACUUUCGACAAAGUCCUGGAGCUGGUCGGGACCGUCACCCUCGAGGAUUCCCUCAAGUGUAUCAAGGAGGGUGGCAUCGUGUGCGUCACAGGAAUCGUCGGCAACAAAUGGACCAUGGACGACUUCUCCCCCAUGACCGCAAUAGGAACCGCGAAAUAUCUCACGGCGUACGGUGGUGGUCCUGAUGAAUUCAUGAACACCCCCUUGAAUGAUCUGCUCAAGCAAAUUAGGGCCGGGACUCUGCCGCUUCAGAUCGGAAAGGUUUUCAAGAUCGACGAGAUUGUGCUGGCACACCAGACACAAGAGGAGAACACCGCCCGUGGGAAGAUAGUCGUCUUGACUGAAUGA